AUGAGCAUGGCGCCUCUUCAGAUAUAUACUUCAGCGCUCAUAUUCACGCCUGAGAGAAGUAUUGUGCGAGAGAUGUUUAAAGACCAAUUCCUGCAAGGUUUUGUGAUGCUACGAGAGUUGGAAAGGGAAUGGGGCGCGCGACUACAGUCCUCUCAAGGCCCCGAAAAGCCAGUAAGAGCACUUGAAUUUUCGCCCGACGGCCGCUUGCACGUCUGCAGCGCCAAUGACACAGUUCAGCUCUGGGAUGACGAGGGAAUGGGGUCAGUGCAACAAGUCCGCACCUUAUGCAGGUCAUUAGAUUCCCCAAUGUCUACCUCUUCAUUUUCACCGGACGGUACAUUGGUGGCGUGUGGCUUCGAAGAUGGCUCCGUGCAGAUUUGGCAUGUGGACAGAAUGGACACAGUCGCGCUGCUACCGCCGAUAGACAGAACAGCUGGCUUCCGUGCCUCAGACAACAAACUUGUGGCAAUGAGGGAUAUAGCCUUCUCCACCAACAAUAAAAUGCUAGCAACGCUCACAUGGGCAGAGGAGCUACGGCUGUGGGAUCUGACCGGAAAUGUCCCACGCAUGCUUUCUCAUGCCUUAACUGAUUUGACGGGCUCUGUGGGGUUUCUAGACUACGACAGCUACAUUAUUUGGUCCACGAAUCAUGGACUCAAGGCAUGCAGCAUACGUGAGGAUGGCCAAUGUUCUCCCGAUACAACGAGCAUCACAUCCACGACAAUAUCGACAUCGUUGGAUCAGGUGGUCUACUCCCGGUAUAGCAAACGAAUGGUCUGCAGUGAUUGGAAAGACCAUAGUGAUCCGCCUUUCAAACAGACCAUUGAGGCUUGA